GUGCAUUUGAGAGCUGGUUGGUCGCUUGGCGGCGUCCAAAACACCUAUCUACGCUACGAAGCUGCGGGUGAAAUGCACGUUGGUCGGGCAGUGGCUGGGCUGCCUACGGAAAGCUACAAGUUCUCAACACUUCCGCCCCACUUCAAUGUGGAUGACGAAGGUGUUCAGCAAGGUGUCCGCUUUAUGUUCCCUGGACUACCCGAAGGGUUAAAGUUAAUCGCUGAGUAUUGCUUAGCCUCGCUGACUUACCAUCACGCAUACUUGGUACGUGCAAUAUCACCGAAGCAUCCCGUUCUCGAAACGCCACUAUUUCAAGAUCCAGCCCUGCUGUCAUCUCUUGCCGAGCGAGUGCAGUCAGGUGACGGGAGCUCCGAAGCUCGCAUUUGUUCAACUGGCGUGUCGCCACACGUGUCCAUUUUGUGCGAGAUGAAGUGGCUGAAGGAAAACUUGGUCGGUGCCCUCACCAAAAUUGAAGCGACACGGGUGGAUACAGCGAAGGAUAUUAUUGCUGAGCUUGAAAACGAGCGAUUGGUGCGGGAACUGUAA